AUGGGCAGCGGGAGCAGCCGGAGCGGCCGGGCCCUGCGGCGGCGGCGCGGCCCCGACGGACCCCCGGCGGCUGCGGGCCACGCAGCAGCGGCGGUGGCGGCGGGAGGGCCCGGGCCGCGGGGGCCCCCGGGAGCGGGGCGGGCCGCCGGGACCGCGGAGGCCGCGGCGGGCGGCGAUCCGGGCCCCGCGGCGCCCCCCGACGGCCGGGCCGAGACCCUGCGCCUGCUGGACCAGCUGCUGGCCGAGUCCGAGGCCUGGGGCCCCCCGGAGCCCGGCCCGCGCCGCCCGGCCCGCGAGCGCCCCGCCGACCGCGCGGAGUCUCUAGAACGGAAGGCUGAAGACCACCCUGAAGGCAGCCACGCCUCUGAAGCCCCAGCUGGCAGCCACAAGCGGCGGGAGGGACAGUCGGCCAUCUGCUACGACCGUGCGGAGGAGGAGCUGAUGGCCAGCAUCGAGCGCGAGUACUGCCGCUGAGCUGCCCAGCCCUGGGGGCGUUGGAGGAGGAGGACUUCUCCCUCCCCAGCCACCUUCAGAUGUGGCUGUGUCCGGAUCUGACGAAGCAACCUUCCCAGGCUCCCAGUGAAGCAUCCUGCACAUGGCCAUGCGCGGCCCGUGGGCACGAGGCCUGCCAGCCUGUGGGUUGGUGAUGCAGCAGGAGGGAAGGCCGCGUGCCCUGUGGCACAGAGGUGUGGGCCCCUCAUUCUGGGGGGCCCGGAGUGCUUCCCCACUCUUCGGAUGGGGCAGGGCCUCACUGAACCCUCUAGGCCCCUGUCCUAAAGCUUCUGAAAGGUUCUGCGGUAGAGCUUGGGGGGGGGGGUGCCCUGAGUCUUUAUGCUGACUUCUCAGAGUUAGCCUGGUGUACCCCAGUUCUCAAGGGGUGAGGCCAGCUAUAGCUCCUGCAUUUCUACAGGCUCUCAGGCAGGAGGAGCUGCCGGUGGCCCUGCUGUAGUCCGAGAUUUCAAAAGUCCUGAGCUAUGUACCUUGCGCUGCUCUCUCCCUGGCCCUGCUGGCACAUGGUAGAAGGAGAGCCCCAGAGCCCAGAGCUUGUGGCAUUGGCUACAAGCUAUGGAAUUAGCCUGCUGGGGUGUACAGAGCUGUCACUUUGCCUUUCUGGGCCUCAGUCUCCCUCCCUGGGAGGGAGAUGCUUCCUGGGGCCCCUGGGGCUUGCCUGCCCUGCUGAGGAGCCAGGUCUUCAUGCAGCCCUCUCUCCAGGUCCCCUCAGCCCGCAGCCUGGCUGAUGCCCAUGGACCUUCCCCCUUGGUUCCUUGUUCAUAACUGAUUUGCCAAAGGCCUUGUGAACACAGCUGCCUCCAACUGGGAGGGCGUGGCCUGUGUGGGGCGGGGCUCCCCCCCCCCAGCAGCUGGCCGGCCACAGCGGGGAGGCUGUCCACCAAGGGGUGCCAGGGUGCCUGGCAGCUUUUCUGAAGCCAGAACAGGCCCCACUUAUCUCAUUCCCGCACCAACAGCGGCUUUCACAGCAUUCUCCAUUUCCCGAGACCUUGCCCAGGCGACCUCAGGACGAAGCCCAGCACAUCUGUGGAACCAAUGAGAAGACAGCGCCCCGCCUGGCCUCAGCCACAGGCCCUUGGCCAUCCCAGCAGUCCAGCUCCGGCAGGGCCUUUCCCAACUGGACAAGAGUGCCUUUGAUCCCCGUGCACCACGGGGACACGGACUGUAGGCCGGAGCCCAGAGCCCAGGGCCCAGCGCCUCCCAGAGCCAGGAGCCGCUCCUCACUGAGCCCCACACUUUCUUCCCAGAGACCAAAGUCCUUUCCAUGCAGGGACCAAAGUCCUUUCCAUGCAGGGACCAAAGUCCUUUCCAUGCAGGGACCAAAGUCCUUUCCAUGCAGGGACCAAAGUCCCUUCCAUGCAGAGACCAAAGUCCUUUCCAUGCAGGGACCAAAGCCCUUUCUGUUUUUAGUAAUACAAAUAAUACAAAUCCUUAUUUUUUUUAAAGAAAGGAUCUCAUCUCAUAGAAAUAAGAUGUUAUUGCAGAUGAUCAGCCUUUGAACGGCAAGCUUAUGUCACCGUUUUCUUAGACUAGAGAGUGUUCGAUGGUUCCCAGGAAGAAAGACGGUAACACUGCAUUUUCCUGUAGGAAUCCAACAGUCUGAGAGCAGAGUGUUAAGAACAGUAUCGGCUUGUCUGUGCCAUGCCAGCGUGAACGCACCGCCCGCAGCCUGCAGUCACAGCACUGUUCUCUUUAUUAAAAAAAAUUUUUUUGGCCUAA